AGGUAUUAAAAUUUCCCCUACAAAUUUAAUAUUUUAACAAUGUAAUUCACAUCUCGUAUUUCCCAGUGUUGCUUUUUCUGUGAUCCAUGAUUGACAGCCAUUUCUUGGUGUCUCGCCAUUCCCAUAAAAAACACCUUUCCCAGUCGCACCGGGCCAGUUGUAUUACCAAACAAAAUCGCUCGUCAAUUAUAAAGACCGAAAGCCGAAAGCAACUGGUAGCCAAAGCUAGAGCUCUGGCCUGAAAGUUUGACAAACAAUGCACUGAAAUCGAAGGCCCGAGCAAUUAAUUAUUGAACUUUUACAACUUUGCCUCGGCUAUGGGAUUGGGAUUGGGCUUGGGCUUGGAUUUCUGGCCGCAUUUUCGCUCAAUUGUGCGACGACGCUCAAAGAGAGAUCCCCCGAAUGCUCAGUGGCUGGCUCGACCACAACCACAGGCAAACCAGAAUGCAGUGAGGGCACAAGCGGCAACGGCAACCCGAUCCCGAGCUGUAUAGCUAUCGCCAAGUGGCUCUCGGCUGCGGCCAAGACCAGGGUCCAGUUCCAGUUCAGUCUCAGUCAGCGAGUCGGCGGGCGUUGAGUUGGAUUGAGUGUGAGUGCGAGUGCGAUUGUGCGGUGCGCGUCGAGUCAGCGAGCGUUGAGCAGCAGCAGCGGCAGCAGUAGCAGCAGCAACAGCCACCACUGGCAACACCACCAACAGCAAAAGCAACAGCAACACUACCGACCAGCAGCAACACAAGCCACGGUUCCGGUCCGCGUUCCCCUCGAGAGUAGUAACCCACAAAAAAAAAAAACCGUCGGAAAAACAGAGCUCCCAAAAAUGCCGCCUCUCAAAAGAAAGUAGCUCCUGAAGUUAAGUUUAACCACGAACUGCUAGCCUGGCAUGGCCACCACCACAUCACCCGGCCCCACCAGGACAACCACUAAGAUAUCCCUGCCGGUCUCAGGAUCAGGACCAGGAUCAGGCGUCGGCGAAUCCCCGGCUGGAAAAAUGCCCAUGGCCGUGGUGCCAGUGCCGUCGCAUCUGCAGCUGCUGGGCAGCUCUGCCGGAGGCGUUGGCCAGCCGACGGCAAUGACGCCCACGUCGCCCACGGCAGCGUCUACAGUUCUCUCCCAGCCACACAGCCUGAGUCCAUCCACGCCCAUCUUGGCCACGGGAACUCCGCCAGCUCCAGCGCUGGGCGGCAUUUUCUGCGGAGGCUCUGGACCCGGCUCGGCGGGACCAGGGGCAGCAGCUGCGGCUGCAGCGGCCACCAACCUGAACGCCUUAGCCUCCCAGCAUCGCUUGCUGGAGCUGUCCCGCUUUGGACUUAGAGGAUACGACCUGGCCCAGCACAUGCUGUCCCAACAAGGAGCCGUGUCCAAGCUGCUGGGCACCUUGCGACCACCGGGCCUAAUUGGCGGCUCCAAGCCCAAGGUGGCCACUCCGACUGUGGUCUCCAAGAUCGAGCAGUACAAGCGCGAGAAUCCAACGAUCUUCGCGUGGGAAAUCCGCGAGCGACUGAUCACCGAAGGUGUCUGCACCAAUGCCACAGCUCCCUCGGUGAGCAGCAUCAACCGUAUCCUGCGGAAUCGUGCAGCGGAACGGGCUGCGGCGGAAUUUGCACGAGCGGCUAGCUACGGCUACGCCAUGCAUCCCACGCAUCCGCACCCGUACACCAGCUUUCCCACCUGGCCGGCGCAUCAUCCGCUGUGGAAUGCCGUGCCAAUGUCCGCAGGAGCAGGAGUUGGAGCAGGAGCUGCAGUAGGAUCCCUGCAGCCAGGAGGGAGUGGCAGCAGCUAUGGCAGCGAUGGCAACAACAGCUCCCAUCCCAGCCACACCACCCUCAGCAACAGCAACAACACCACCAGCGGCAGUGCCUGUGGAGACAGCAGUGCGGGCAGUGGACGCCUCUCGUUGCCAGCCCUUUCGCCAGAGUCGCAGGCCGGCAGUCGGGAUAGCCACUCGCCGGAUGCAGAUGCCAAUCGGGUGAUAGACAUUGAGGGCGAGGACAGUGAAUCGCAGGACAGCGACCAGCCAAAGUUCCGGCGCAACCGCACCACCUUCAGCCAGGAGCAGCUAGACGAGCUGGAGAAGGAGUUUGACAAGUCGCACUAUCCUUGCGUGAGCACCCGCGAGAAGCUGGCAGGCAGGACGGCACUCAGCGAGGCCAGGGUUCAGGUUUGGUUUUCCAACAGACGAGCGAAAUGGCGGCGCCACCAGCGGGUCAGCUUGCUCAAGCAGCGCGAAUCGCCCUCGACCUCGAGUUCACCCACGCCCAGUCCGGUGGUGGUCAAGGCGUUGCCAGCUCCGGCCUCGGCUCCACCUUUAGCCCCAGUUCCAACUGCAGCUCCAGAAGCUGGCCAGCAGCCGAAGCAGCAGGAAUACUACCACAGCAGCAGCAACAGCGGCAGCAACAGCCUGAGGAGGAGCAGCAUCAACCACAUGGCAGAGCCAGCGGUGGCGCCCACUGUCUCACCCACAGCAUCAGCUCCAUUAUCAAUGGGCGGUGAGCACAGUGCAUUCCGUUCACUGCCCAUGACCAUGUCAAUGCCCAUGUCCAUGUCCGUGCCCUCGGCUUCGGCGGCGGCCUUUGCCCUGAGCUUUGCCCGCCAGUAUAUAGCCAAGUAUAUGGGACAACAGCAGGAGCAGCAGCAGCAGCAGCAGCAAGAGCAGUUGCAACAGCAGCAGCAGCAGGGCAAUCAGGAUCAGGAGGAGGUUAUCAACGUGGAGCACGACACCGCCACCGCCGAGUGAGAGAGCAAUUCGACUGGCUUCGAGUGCAUUUUUCCUAUCGCUUUAAAUCGAGAAUUUAGUGCAAUUUUAUUACUUAAUUUAUUCAGUUUCUACCGACCACAUCUAACCGCGUGCUGAGUACAAAUAAAGAUCGAAGCGCUGACAUGCGUGCGAUAAGUUCUCA